AUGCACAUUCUCCAAAGACAGCCCAUUGACGUUGAGUCAACACUAGCGUCUUUGACUCUUGCUGAGAAGAUUUCUCUUCUGUCUGGAUCCGACUUUUGGCAUUCUAAAGCUAUACCAUCUCAUGGCAUCUCAUCAGUAAAAUGCACUGACGGGCCCAACGGUGCUCGCGGAGGGAGGUUCUUCAACCCUGUUCCGGCAUUAUGUAUCCCCUGUGGGACUGGACUUGGUGCAACCUGGAACCCCGAUCUUCUCUACUCUGCAGGUCAACUGCUAUCCAGAGAAUGUGACGCGAAAGGUGCACAUGUUUGGCUAGGCCCUACCGUCAAUCUGGUCCGGGGACCCCUCAAUGGCCGCGGUUUUGAGAGCUUCUCUGAGGAUCCACAUCUAAGUGGCGUGUUAGCGACAGCAAUUAUUCGUGGAGUCCAAAGCAGAGGUACUGCAGCAGCCUUGAAGCACUUUGUGGCCAAUGAUCAAGAAACGGCCAAGAUGUCCAUGGAUAUAUGCAUGUCAGAGAGGGCGUUGCGAGAAGUCUACCUCAAACCUUUCCAGAUGGCCGUUAGGGAUGCCAAACCCAAGAUUGUUAUGUCUUCGUAUAACAAGGUCAACGGUGUACAUGUGUCAGAAAGCACAAAGCUACUGAAAGACAUAUUACGAAGCGAGUGGGGGUUUGACGGUCUAGUCAUGAGUGACUGGUACGGCACUUAUGGUUGCACUGAUGCACUCAAUGCGGGCGUAGAUAUUGAGAUGCCAGGUCCCUCAAGACACCGCGCUGAGAAGGCCUUGGUCGCAGUCGUUUCAGGCAAAGUCAGUCGCAAGACGAUAGACGAGCGAGCAAGAAAGGUUCUCGAGCUGGUCAAUAGCACAGCUUCAGCUCGAGUAUCGACGAAAGAAUCAACUCGUGACUCACCAGAGGACAGAGCGCUAAACAGACAACUCGCGACGGAGAGCAUCGUACUGCUAAAGAACUCGGACAACAUUCUGCCCAUUAAUCCUGCAGACUGUGAGGAUGUCGCUAUCAUCGGUCCAAACGCCAAGCUUGCCGCAGCAUGUGGUGGGGGAAGUGCGAAUCUACGACCAUAUUACACCAGCUCUGUCUUCCAAGGAAUCAGCGACCAACUUGCAUCCAAUGUAAAGGUGCAUUUUGAGCCUGGAGUAUUCGGCCACGUUUUGCUGCCAUACUUCACGGGCGAUCACAUCAAGAAUGAGAAUGGGAAGCCAGGUGCCUCUAUCUCUUUUUUCAACGAGCCGGAGUCAGCGUGGCAAACAAGGAAGCCAUUUGACCAUCAAAGCAUUCCAGACACAACAUACCAGCUAAUGGAUUAUGAUCACCCAGAGAAGGGCGAGACGUUCUAUAUGUCCAUGACAACUUACUACAAGCCAGAAAUAGACGGGACUUAUGAAUUCGGUCUCGCUACCUACGGAGUCUCGAGACUAUAUAUAGACGAACAGCUAGUCAUCGACAACGCGACGUCACAGACCCAUGCUGGGAUGUUUUUCGGUCAUGGAUCUAGGGAAGAACGUGGGACAUACGAGAUGAAGGCAGGUCAGACAUAUCGACUGCGCGUUGAGGCUGGCAGUGCAUUGACCUCUAUAACAACAGGCGGCUCCUUCAUUCCUAUACCGGGUGGAGCAUGCCGUCUGGGCGGUUGUUUAAAGCUCGAUCCAGAGGAAGGCAUUAGACGUGCUGUCACAGCUGCGAAGAUGUGUAAACACACUUUCGUUGUAGUCGGCCUCAAUGCAGAUUUGGAAAAGGAAGGCAAGGACAGAGAGUCUAUGAGUCUACCACCGCAUGUGGAUGACCUUGUGUCCUCGGUGCUAGAGGUUCAGCCGAAUGCUAUAGUGGUGACUCAAGCAGGAAACCCGAUCGAGACGCCAUGGCGGCACAAAGCAAAGGCUAUCCUGCAUAGCUGGUAUGGAGGGAAUGAAGCAGGCAAUGCAGUAGCCGACAUUAUCUUCGGGAGGGCCAAUCCCAGUGGCAAGUUGCCUAUCACAUUCCCGAGCAAACUCCAGGAUGGGCCGACUUUCUUAAGUUUCGGAAGCGACAACGGAAGGAUAUACUACUCUGAGGAUGUUUUUGUUGGGCAUCGCUGGUUCAAUGCUCGGGGCAUUGAGCCAGCUUUCGAAUUCGGCCACGGCCUAAGCUAUACAACAUUCUCAACAUCUAAUAUCCGAGUUACUGAGGAUGGUCUAGGCGUUGAGGUGAAAAACAUCGGCAAAAUGGCUGGAGCCGAAGUUGUGAUGCUUUACGUCUCUUAUGAUGCGACAAAGUCAGGCCAGAAGUCGAGAUUUCACCGCCCGUUGCGAACACUUGUAGGCUCCCAGAAGGUCUUCUUGGAGCCGGGUCACGAGGCGACGGCGUUUAUGUCUUUAGACAAGUACAGCACCGCGGUUUGGGACGAGGCGGCGAAUAGCUGGUUUUGCGAAUCGGGAACAUAUAUCGCUACUGUGAGGAGCUCAAGUGGCAAUUUAGAAGUGGGCUUCAAGGUGGAGAAGGAUAUGUAUUGGAACGAUACAUAG